UAGGCCAAAAUUCUGAUCAAGAUCGAUGUAGACUGAAUGAUGAAGAUAGCAGUUUAUUUGGCGGCGGCAUAUCGCACGAAUGCACAUUUAGGUUUCACCGGAAGAGUCGAUAUUUACGCGUUAAAAUGUUUACUUAUACAAAUCCUCGUAAGUCUCUUCAGAUUCAGUUGCAUAAAAUUGAACAAUCACCAUUGACAACAAAUAGAAAACGUAAAUUAUUUUGUGUAGACAAUUUGGAUGAAAAUGUCUCUCCAUCCAAAGUGUAUGAUCCUGAACAUGCUUUUUCUGAAACAUCUUUUAAUAUGAAUCCAACUAAAUUAACUCCUACUCUGAGUGAAAAAUUUGAACGUCUUAUUUCAAAAUCAAAGAAUGAACAAUUAUGUUUAUCAUCAAUUGCCACAUUGGAAUCUUCAACUUCUCAACUAAUUGAACAUAAUACCAUAACACCAUUGAAAUUGAAAAAUGUCAAAGGAGUUGAAUAUCUUUCAAAUGAAACCUUUAUUUUAAACGAAAUUCAAAAUAACAAAGCUCACUAUGAAGUAAAAGCUUCAUGUUCUUAUGAUUAUAAGGAUUUAGUCUUUGGAAAAAUUAAGGACACUAAUGUUAUUUUGAAAAAACGUAAAUUAUUUAAUGAAUUUGAGUGUCCUGAGAAAUCAAUUGUAUCAAAAGUGUUAAAGCCUAAGGCUUUGUCAUUUGCAUCUCCAACAUUAGACACUGAAAAUACUUCUUUAUCUGCUCCUGUAUCCCACAAGAAAACUACAUUCUUUGACUAUGGAUUUUGCAAAAAUAGUGUUUCCAAGCUUCAAAGGUCAUUUUCAACUAAUGAUGCCACUAUAAAAGCUGCAUUUGAGAAAGAGGAUAAUGAAUCAAAUUUAAUUGGUGACUUCAGUCAAUCAUUUAUAUUGCCUUUAUUAACGCUUAACCGUCAUGCAGAUCUCCGUAAUAUAUCUCCUGAUACAUUAGCUCGUUUAUUGGAGGGUGCAUUUAAUGAUUGUAUCGAUUCCUAUCUGAUAAUAGAUUGCAGAUAUCCCUAUGAAUAUGAAGGUGGUCAUAUAAAAGGAGCAAUCAACAUAUUUACUAAAGAGCAACUAAUUAAAGAUUAUACUGAAGACAAGUUGUGUAAAAAAUCUCAUAAAACUGAUAAAAUUAAUGUGAAGAGAAAUGUUUUGAUAUUUCACUGUGAAUUUUCAUCGGAGAGAGGUCCACGUCUGUCGCGAUACCUGCGUAACGCAGAUAGGGAAAAUAACAGUACGUGCUAUCCUUACUUGGACUAUCCAGAAAUGUAUUUGCUUGAUGGUGGAUACUGUAAAUUUUACAGCCAACACAGUAGUUUGUGUGUGCCGUCUAGUUAUCGGUCAAUGUAUGAUCCUGCCCACACCUCAGAACUGAGAAAGUUCCGUUCCAAAUCAAAAACAUCAACUUGUCACAAUGUUACAAUGUCACUAUUAACUGGCAAAAACACACUCAAACGAUUGGGUUUUAAUUAAUCGCUUUUAUGUAUUCUUUCAUGUAAAUAAGUGUUGAGUUUUUUUUUGUAUAUAUUUGAUUGUUUUUGCGUUUAUUUUUAUUCUUUUUAACCAUUUAACCAAUUUUUUCUUUUUUAAAACUGAUGCAAUUUUGUAUAACUUUUGUGAUGCUAUAUUAUAGAUUUUUUUGUGUAGCAUUAAACUAAAAAAAACAAAAAAUGUUAGUUGUCGGUGUAGAAACAUUUAAAAAAAGAAGACUUAUAGGAUUUAUUAUGUUUUUUUCAAUGCAUUAUUAAAAUAAUUAUGAUAUAAUGAAUGAAAAUCGAUUGAAUGUGUUAUUUUUUUUUUCAUAUUGUGUUUUCCAUAUUGUUUUCUACAUUUUACUAAUAUAUAUGCUAAGUAUUUAAUAAAUUUAAUUUUUUCAUAUUUUGUCUGAAAUAUUAAUUGUUAUGAGAUCAUAUAUUAUGUACAUUAUA